AUAGUCUAAAUGUUGUAGUGUUGCUUGAACUGCCAUAUUCACUCAGUACUGUAGGGGGCGGUAUGUGCUCUAAACUUCUGUGUAACCGUCGGAGAAAUUGCGAAGAAGAAAAUCACCUCGUCCUGUUUCCUGUCAACAAUGUUGUAGCUUCAGCAAGAAAAUCUCUAGAAUUCAUGCACGAUGAACGAUGCAGCCAAAGGAUGCAGCCGAAGACGAACCUCCGUCACUGCUGUGGGGACUGGACCCUGUGUUUUCUGCCUACGCCAGAAUUUAUCUUAAAGACAUCCUACAGAUGAGAGAAUCUCGACAAGUUCCAGGUUUUCCACAUGUUCUAGGAGUCUAUUUCUAUAAAAGUCACCCAUUGUUUAAGGUGGAUGUACUGGGCACUGUGGUGUACAGACGUGAGAGAGACGACUUUUAUUGCUAUGGAGUGGAUGACGGUACUGGAGUCAUCAGCUGCCUGUGCUGGAAAGAUGAGAAAUGGCAAGAUCAUGGAGACUCUGUAAAGGCUGCAACUAGAGGUCCUGCUGGAGGUGGCUUUAACAUAGAGGAGCAGUUGAAGAAGCUCCAGGAGGCACAGAGGAGCAGCACAAUGCUGGAUAUUGGCGAUCUGCUCCGAGUACGUGGUUGCCUUAAAACAUCGCGUGAGCAGAGAGAGAUCCUGGCCUCCUCAUUUUAUAAAGUGAACGAUCCUGUGAUGAGUGUUCAGAUCUCCUGGAUGUUGGAGAUGCCUCAGCUCUACAGAGCCUGCUAUGACAAACCCUUCCAUAUCCCAUCCAGUGAACUUAGUGCAAGCGCCAAUGACAAUCUCUCAGGUUUCCAGUCUGUUUUGUGUCAGUCGGUUCACAUCUUGAAGGAGUUUCUAAAAGAGAAGGAAGUGACCAGGUUCCGACCUUACGACGUCGAGUAUCUUUUACAUCCGUUGAUCCAACAGCCUGCUCCAAGCACGUCAGCGGAGCAGGAGCUCAAUACUGUUCAGUCGAUGAUCCCUGCACAGAUUAGGAAACUACUCAAAGAAACCCUGAAGAUUUUGCAGGAGGAAGGGGAGAUAUUCCGCAAAGUCAUUUCUCAGGAUGAGGUGUACAAUGUAACCGAACACGACAAAGAUCUACUUGCGGCGAUUUGUCACAUCAUCAGAGAGGAUUGCAAAAGAGAGAAAUACGCUGAAAAGGGCUGCCACGUGCUGCACAUCUUGUCCAGUGUGAGGCAGCGUUACAGCCAUAACCUGAGCAGAGAAGCCCUUGAUGUGGCUCUGAAGUUCUUGGAGUGUAACAGUGACAUCAUCAGUACAGCUGAUGCCCAUUACACUGCUCUGUAAGAACAGGGACUGAACCGUUCUAGGAAACAUACACACCCCAACUUUUUAUUAUGUCUAAACAGUGAACAUUUAGGUCUAGUGUUUCUUAACGUCCUCAUGGCGCUGUGUGUGGGAACUUGUUUCUCAAAACUAUUUCUUAGACGCUGCUGACGGAUUCCUUAAUCAUCAUUUGCUCCCAAACGAAGACACAUUUUUACACAUUGGAAUCAUUUUACAUAUUGUUUUUUGCACAGCGAUUUACUAAUUCGAAAGAUGUAUAAAAGAUGCUGUUCGAUCAUGAUUGAUUUCUACUUUUUAACACUUUUAGUGCAGUGAUCACACAAGCUCCAGAGUCAUACAUCUACAAAACAAGACUUUGCUUAGGAUUCCACCAAAUAAUUAUCGUUAUCAUUUUUUUAACAAGUAAUAACGUUUACUUUUUUGAUAAAUUAACAGAACCACCGAAUAAAGCAAUUUAGCAGGGUUUUCUAUGUGACAAAUUUGCCUUGCAUUAUAAUAAAGAAGAAUAUAUUUUUUCUUCCAAUUAAAAAGAAUAUUUGGAAUAUUUU